UUUUUUCUUUUACGUUUUUUGUUGUUGGUGUGUUUAAAAUGAUGUUCAAACAUCCAUAUUUAUAGGAAAUUUCGAAUCUGGUAGUUGUAAUUUUCCUAUGAAUUUACGACGAAAAUUAAUUAGGUGCAAAAAAAAAACGUGUAACACCUACAAAGUUGGUGGAUUCAAAAUUUUUUUCGCUAAACACACGUAAAUCAUUUCCUCGUAAAUAACACACGAAGUUUACGUCGACUUUACGAGGAACGUACGUGAAAAAUAAUAUCAUCGUUAUUUCCUCGUAAAAGACACGUCACGUUACAUCGACUUUACGACGAACUGUUUUUGUCGUUAGUUUACGAGGAAAUAACGAUGAUACUAUUUUUCACGUAAGUUCCUCGUAAAGUUGACGUAAAUUUACGAGGUUUGUUUUUCCUCGUUAAUUUUCUUCGUUAAGCUUGAGUUUUCUUGUAGUGUAACAGUGUAGAAACUGAAAUGAAUUUAGUGCAUGAUGAAAAAUAAAAGGAUGGUUUCAUUUCAUAUGAGAAAUAAUAUAUGACUAACCCAACACACAACUCUUAAAUGUUAAAUUCAUACAUAACUUUUGAAUAUUAAAUCCUAAAUUGGUAUCACUAAACCCAAACUUGAGCCUCCACCUUUCAAAUACUAAAUCCUAAAUGCUAAUCACGAAAUCCUAAAUCCUAAUCACUAACCCCUAAACCCUAAACCCAAGUAUAUAUCCUAAAUCCAGAUAGAAUGGAACAAAAAAAUAAUAUAGUACAUAAUGGUGAACAAAAUAGAACACUCUUUAUUAAUUGUCAAAUGGACCGAUAUAUGAUAGGGUCACUAAAUCCAAAUCUCAACCCCCACCUUUCAAAUACUAAACUCUAAAUCUUAAUCACUAAACCCUAAAUGAAUAAACUAACAUUUAAGCUUCAUAUUAUCCGAUUAUACCUUCCACAUAUGCAAGUUGCUGGUACAAAAGAUGAAAUAAUGACCCAAAAAAAGAAGAAAGACACACCACUGAUUAUGAAAGCUAAACUUUAAUUAAAGAAGCAUAAACCCAAAUAGAAUGUAUAUAAUAUGGUUUACUAAACCCAAACCUCUACUUACUAAAUCUAAACCCUAUGCAUGAAACUGUAAACCCAAAUACAAUCUAUAAAUUAUUUCCCAAUAUAGAACACUUGAAGGCACAUUUACUUGGUUAGCAUGUUAUAUAUCUUCUAUUCCAUAUAGUCUAAUAUUUCAAAUAGUCAAAAAGUUUCGGCAGUAUAUCCAUAGUAUGAAAUGCAAAUAGUAAAUCCCCCCCCCCCCCAGUUAUGCACUUUGUUCAUUUUCACUAAUCUUGGGACCUAAAUAAAAAUUAAGCAAACAAAUUUCUUAAAAACAAUAGGAAGUUGCCAAAGAAUCUGGACCAUUUCUUAUGCUCAGCACAUCACCAUCUUAAAAUAAACAACUUAAGCACGUCGUCUAAAUGUGUUGGAAGUGCCACACACGAAACCAAGUGGGGAGAAUAAUAUAAACUUUACACAAAAAGCGACUAUAUAUCAAGGGACUUCACGUUGAACUAUAUCAUAACAAAGAAGAGAAACUAAAAAGAGCAGCUACGGGUAGAAUGAGAUCCCCAAAAAUUAUGGGAUUAGGGCAUUGCAUGGUUUAUGUUGUGGUCUUUAGCGCCAUCGUAGCUGCAGCUUACCCUUAUGAAUCUCCCCCAACAACUCAGAAAUAUCCCCCAGUCCAUAAAACCAAAUCACCAUAUCCACCCAAAAAGAAUUCCCCAUAUUACUCGGCACCACCAUCUCCUCCACCACAAUAUAGAAGACAAGGCCCUAAAUAUACACCACAUCCAAAACCAUAUAUCUACAGUUCCCCACCACCUCCGUCAUACUACUCUCCUUCCCCGAAGGUCGAAUACAAAUCUCCACCACCCCCUUAUGUCUACAGCUCCCCACCACCUCCACCAUACUACUCUCAUUCCCCGAAGGUAGACUACAAGUCUCCACCACCGCCAUAUGUAUACAGCUCUCCACCACCGCCACCAUACUAUUCUCCUUCCCCGAAGGUAGAGUACAAGUCUCCGCCACCACCAUACGUUUACAACUCUCCACCACCUCCACCAUACUACUCUCCUUCUCCUAAGGUCGAAUACAAGUCUCCACCACCACCAUACGUGUACAGCUCCCCACCACCUCCGCCAUACUACUCUCCUUCUCCGAAGGUAGAGUACAAGUCUCCUCCUCCUCCUUAUGUCUACAGCUCCCCACCACCUCCGCCACACUACUCUCCUUCUCCGAAGGUAGAGUACAAGUCUCCACCACCUCCAUACGUUUACAACUCCCCACCACCUCCACCAUACUACUCUCCUUCACCAAAAGUAGAGUACAAAUCUCCACCACCUCCAUACGUCUACAGCUCCCCACCACCUCCACCAUACUACUCUCCUUCCCCAAAAGUUGACUACAAGUCUCCACCGCCGCCAUAUGUCUACAGCUCUCCACCACCUCCACCAUACUACUCUCCUUCCCCGAAGGUAGACUACAAGUCUCCACCACCGCCACCAUACUACUCUCCUUCUCCGAAGGUAGACUACAAGUCUCCACCACCACCUUACGUUUACAGCUCUCCACCACCCCCACCAUACUACUCUCCUUCUCCUAAGGUCGAAUACAAAUCUCCACCACCACCAUACGUUUACAGCUACCCACCACCUCCGCCAUACUACUCUCCUUCUCCGAAGGUAGAGUACAAGUCUCCACCACCUCCAUACGUCUACAACUCCCCACCACCUCCACCAUACUACUCUCCUUCCCCAAAAGUUGACUACAAGUCUCCACCGCCACCAUACAUUUACAGCUCACCACCACCACCAUACUACUCUCCUUCCCCGAAGGUAUACUACAAGUCUCCGCCACCGCCAUAUGUAUACAGCUCCCCACCACCUCCACCAUACUACUCUCCUUCGCCAAAGAUGGUCUACAAGUCUCCACCACCGCCAUACGUCUACACCUCCCCACCACCUCCACCAUACUAUUCUCCUUCCCCGAAGGUAAACUACAAAUCUCCACCACCGCCAUACGUCUACAGCUCCCCACCACCUCCACCAUACUAUUCUCCUUCCCCGAAGGUAAACUACAAGUCUCCACCACCGCCAUACGUCUACAGCUCACCACCACCUCCACCAUUCUAUUCUCCUUCCCCGAAGACCGAAUACAAGUCUCCACCUCCGCCAUACGUGUACAGCUCCCCACCACCUCCACCAUACUAUUCUCCUUCGCCAAAGGUUGACUACAAGUCUCCACCACCGCCAUAUGUCUACAGCUCCCCACCAUACUACUCGCCUUCCCCAAAAGUUUCCUACAAGUCUCCACCACCUCCACCAUAUGUCUACAAAAUGCCCUACUACUAAUUUUUAAAUUGUUUCUUUAACAAGCAACAUGAUUCAUUGCUAUUGUUUUUUUUGAUGAAAUUGUCUUUUGAUUUUCCGUUGUUGUUGCCUCCUCUAUUUUAUGGUUUUAUAAUACCACUAAAAUUUGGCUACUUUUUGGAUGCACCUAUUUAUUGGUAGAUGUUGUUCAAACUCACUCUAAAUUUGAAAUAAUUACAUUUUC